UAUAAGCAGGUGGGACUGGUGUAGAUGGGGCAUGUUGGUCGGCUUGGGCAGGUCAGGCUGAAGGGCUUAUUUUUCCACGCUGUAUGACUCUAUGACUAUAAUUAAGUAAGAGCAAAUUGAGAGAUGACAAGGUUGUUGUUUCCAGAAGAGGUUUGAAGAAAUAUUUGCGUUACAAUUGUAACAUUAGCUUGACAGAUCUGUGCAAUACUUGCUCUGGAAUGUGGUCUAUAAAUAAAAUGAUGAGUUUCUCUUUUGUCAAGUCCCUAUUUAUAACUCCUGAUGUGUUUGGAAUUUGACUGCAAAGCGUUGAUUCCCAGAACGUUCUAACUUUGUUACCUCUGACAAACUGGAAGAACAUUGAUCAGUGAUGAAGUUAUCGUGUGGGUGGUGAGUAGCUGUAUAAAUACUCUUGCAUACAGUCAGAUCAUAGCACAAGCAGUAGCCUGAAGGGUCUCGACCCAAAACGUCACCCAUUUUGUCUAUCCAGAGGUGCUGCAUGUCCCGCUGAGUUACUCCAGCUUUUUGUGUCUAUCAUUGCUGAUUUGAGGGGUUUCAUUUCAGUAGAGUUUUACAACUUGACGAAACUCUUCAACCCCGAGCUGAGGAAAUGUCGUUGUCACAUUUCUUUCCCCGAAGCUACUGGGAUCCCUUGCGGAGGGGUUACUCUCCAAGCUGCCUGCUUGAUCUGGAUUUUGGGCUCCCUCCUUAUCCCGAACAGCCACUGAGGGACUGGAUGGAGUGGAUGGAGAAUCGGUUCAGUACGAGCAGGUCAGGGACGUUAUGUUCAGGCCUAGCUGACAACGCCACAGCCAGCCGCAGCACAUCUUCCAUAUCCCAACCGCUUGCCCGCGGAACGUCGGUGCCUCAGCGGAAGUUGAGCUGCUGGAAGAUCAGCCUUGACGUGAAACAUUUCACCCCUGAUGAGCUCCAGGUGAAGACCCAAGAAGGUUAUUUGGAGAUUUCAGGGAGCCACAACGAAAGAGAAGAUCAACAUGGGUUUAUUUCAAGAUGUUUCACCAGAAAGUACAGACUUCCGUCAGCCGUGGCUGCUAGGUCAGUGACCUCAACCCUGACCUCUAACGGAAUCCUAGUGGUGGAAGCCCCUCUCCGCACUUCCGUAGAGGUCGUGAUUCCUGUUCAAACUGAGAAGGUCUCUGGAGACGACGAGAAAGUGGAAAAGGAGGAAGAGCCAGUGGUGGGGAAGGAAGUGUUGAAGAUGCAAAUCCAGGAGAACGAGAUGGAGGAUGAGGAUGAAGAGAGAAGAGAGCAAAGGAAGAGGGCAGAGAAAGGCAAGAGCAACAAGGGGAAGAGGAAGAACCGAUCAGAGGGAAGAAAGAGCAAGCGAGAGAGCUGGAGGGUGAGAAGGUGCAGCACACUAAAGUGGUUCUUGAAGAUCAAGAACAAGCACAUACAUCAACAAGUUAAAUAAUCUUUCAAAUGAAACUCCUAUGCAUUACUUUAUGCAAGCCAUGGUUUUGCAUAACAUAGAGUUAAGCAAAAAGAGCUGAUCUAUAUCAGAUAUCAAAUAUAUAAUAUUUUGCAGGUAGACACAAAAUGCUGGGCACAGGCGAGAAGGGUCUCAAUCCGAAACAUCACCUAUGCCUUCUUUCCAGAGAUGCUGCCUGUCCCGUUGAGUUACUCCAGCAUUUUGUGUCCACCUUCGAUUUAAAGCAGCAUCUGCAGUUCUUUCCUACACAUAUAAUAUUUUGCUCUGAUCAAUAAAGGAUGAAAUUGA